AUGUGCUUUAACAAAAGCCACAAUAAUUAUUGUCAGAUAAGAAAUAUACAUAAACUCUCUUCAGGUUUAAAUAGUCAUCAUCAUCAUUAUCGUCGUCAGUCACAGAAUUUGAAUCCACCAUUACAAGAUUCAAUACAGAAGACCAAUACUCAAAUGGGUUUGCGUUUAUGGAGUCUACUUAAAUGGAAAGAAGAUAGUACACAUAGUUCAUAUGAAACUUUGGAUACAAAUUCUUUAAAUGAACAAUGA